GCCAUUUUAAAACCAGUUCAAACAGGCUGACCACACGGCCACCAUAGGUACAGCAUGGGAUUUUCUUUAUGUCAGAUCACACAAGUGGAUUAUAUUUGUCUUCAUAAACACAACAAAGUCGCAUGGGAAACGAGCCAUAUGGGUGUCUUACGUAAUUAAAAGAGUUUAUUGCAGUUCACUGGAGGAUUCACACAGGACACAAGAAAUAUUGGGGUUGUAAAUAGUUUGGAUACUCUUAAAAAUUGAUUCAGUCUCAGGGGACAACGGCAGACAAGUAAUUUCAAUGUUCUGGAAGUGACUACGGCUUUAUAGUAAAGUCCAACACAUUUCUACGCAGGAGAAGUCAUUUCAUCUUUGGAUUGUGAUAAAGGUUUUACCGUGAAGGGAAAUUUUAUCACACAUCUGGCUCACAAUGGAGGAGAAACCAUUUCCGUGUUCUGAAUGUGGCAAAUCUUUUAAAAACAAGUCAAAUCUUUUGAAACACCAGAUAGUUCACACUGGAGAGAAGCCAUUUGAGUGUCCCGAAUGUGACAAAACUUUUACACAGAAGAGUAAUCUUAACUUACACAUGAGCAUUCACACUGGAGCAAUGCUGUAUCCGUGUUUGGAUUGUGGCAAAGAUUUUAGAGUGAAGGCAAAUCUUAUCACACACCAGAGGAUUCACACUGGGGAGAAGCCAUAUCAGUGUUCUGAAUGUGAGAAUGCUUUCACAUCGAAGUCACAGCUUAGCAGACACCAGAGGAGUCACACUGGAGAGAAACCGUAUGAGUGUUCUGAAUGUGAUAAAGCUUUUAUAACCAAGAUCAGGCUUGACAAACACCAGAGGAUUCACACUGGAGAGAAGCCAUAUCAGUGUUCUCAAUGUAACAAAGCUUUUACAGUGAGAGAACACCUUAUCAAACAUGAGAGGGUGCACACUAGAGAGAAGCCGUUCCAGUGUUUUGUGUGUAAUAAAGAUUUUUCAGAUAAGUCACACCUUAUCAGACAUCAGAGGAUUCAUACUGGUGAAAGGCCAUAUCAGUGUUCAAAAUGUGACAAAGCUUUUACAACAAGAGAACACCUUAUCAAACACGAGAGGGUCCACACUGGGGAGAAGCCGUAUCAAUGUUCUGAAUGCGACAAAGCUUUUACACAGAAGGCAAUCCUUAUUAGACAUCAGAGGGUUCACACUGGAGAAAGGCCAUAUCAGUGUUCAGAAUGUGAUAAAGCUUUUAAACAGAAGACCGAUCUUAACUCGCACCAGUGGGUUCACAUUAAAAAGAGGCCAUAUCAGUGUUCAGAAUAUAACAAAGCUUUGCCAAGCCAGAGAGAGCUCGUUACACACCAAAGUGUCCACACGAAUGACAAUUUGAUUAUUUUUUCAGACAAUCAUUAACGACUGAACUGUUUCUUUAUGAUUUUCAUCUUUAUCUUUUUUUUGUGGAACCUUGACUUGACCACAAGUCUAAUGCCACGUACACAUGACCAUUUUUCCGGUUGUAAAAAAUGACGUUUUUAAGGGU